CGCGCAAAGGAAGAAGCUUGAAUGCAUCACUUGCUAAUUCAACUGUCCCAGUGAUGAGCUUCCGUCGCUGAUCACUGUAACCCCUCCAUUUAUUCCGAUCAGGCCCAAUUCCAUGGCGGGAACGGCCUCGGAGAUCGAUUCUAUCUAUCGUCUCCCUCUCCCUCUUUUAGGAUCCGAGCCGAUCCCUUCCGCCCCGAAUAGAUUCGCUGGUUCCCCCAUCGACUGGAUUCCAGAUUUUGCUGGCUAUGCAUGGGUCGCUUAUGGAGCCUCAUCCGUUUUGGUGAUUUCUCACUUCCCUUCUCCUCUGUCUCCCCAAGAAACCACAAUUGGACCCAUAUUUCGCCAGGUACUGGAGCUCUCUGGCGACGACUUAUCUGUUGUCAAUGCCGUAUCUUGGUCUCCCGUAUUACCGUCGGAGGGCGAGCUCGCUGCAGCUGUGGGCAACCGGAUAUGGGUGUUUUCUCAUGAUUUGGGUGCUUCUCGAGGUUCUUUUUGUUGGAGGCAGAAUUCCGUGCUUCUGCAAUCCUUGAAGGUUGAGGCCAUUCAGUGGACAGCUGCAGGAGAUGGAAUUAUUGCUGGUGGAGUAGAGGUUGUUUUGUGGAAGAACACUAACAGGUCCUGGGAAAUUGCUUGGAAGUUCAAACCGGAUGUACCCCAAACUCUUGUUUCCGCAAGCUGGUCUACCGAGGGACCAUUUGCAACGGCAUCUCAAGCAAGGAUAUCGAAGAUGGAUAACAUGUUUAUUGAUAAAGCUUGCCAAUCUGUGCUGGUCAGUCAGAGUGAAGGGGAGUAUGGACAUGUGAAGAGCGAGUUAUGCCAUCCUCUACCUAUAACUAUGAUUCAAUGGAGGACUUCAAUUAAAGAGAAAGGAAGUUCCAAGAAUACACCAAGACAUGUGCUUCUGACAUGCUGCUUGGAUGGAACUGUGAGACUGUGGAGUGAGACUGAAAAUGGAAAAGUAAAAAAAUUUAGUAAGGAUGUAAAUAAGAAGUCAUUGAGAAGGCGUUUUUCUGUUACUGCUGUCAUUGAGGUAAAUCAGGCAUUGAAUGGAACUCUUGGCACGGAUUUAUUUGUAACAUGGGCAACCGAGAUUAGAGGUAUGUGCAAACCUUUUGAAUUAACUAAGAAAGUUUUCUCAGAAGGAUUCGAACACAACAGGGCUGGAAGCUGUGAGUGGCUAAUAAGUUUAGGUCCGGGAUCAUUGGUUACUUUUUGGGCUGUCCAUUGUCUUGAUGACGUAUCCCCAUUAAGAUUCCCUCGAGUCACAUUGUGGAAGAAGCAAGAGGUCCAUUGUCUUGAUGACGUAUCCCCAUUAAGAUUCCCUCGAGUCACAUUGUGGAAGAAGCAAGAGCUCAAAGGACUUGAAGUUGGACGGCAUUAUAUUGAUGGUUGUACAAACUUAAGUAACAAGUUUCUCCUCAAGAAAGUUGUUAUCUCAAGGAUUUAUCCGUCUGGUUCCCCAAGUAUGUGUUCUUUGAUUCAGUUAUUGCCUUGUAAUUCCUUGGUGUGGUCAAUUUUAUCUUCUCAGACAUCUACUGACGUAGGGGAUGUAUCCUUUGACAAGAAAAGGUCAGACAAUUUCUUCUCUCGUUCAGUUACUACCCAAUUGAAUUUAAGUGGUCAUGCUGGAAAAAUCUUACACGUUGCUGUACAUCCAUACAACUGUGAGGUCAAAGUAGCUGCUUCUUUGGACUCUAAUGGCUUGCUUCUUUUCUGGUCACUAUCUAGUAUCUCCACCUGUGUAUUAGGCCCUCCAACACUUAAUCAUACCUGGGAACUUUGUGGAAAACUUGUAACUCAAGAUUCAUGCUCAAAAUAUACAAGUGUGCAGUGGGCACCAUCAAUAUUGGAUGAAGAACUGAUUCUUCUGAUGGGACAUGCGAGAGGAAUUGAUUUUUUUGCUGUUAGGAUUAGCCAAAAUGAUGGAGAAAAUACUGAAUGUCACUACUUAUGUACCAUACCUUUCACUGGUCAUGGUCCUUUUGAGAAUGGUCCAACUGAUAUAUUUUCCAUUUCUUUGCCUUCUGAUUGUAAUACAACAUAUAAAUUCAAUAAAUUUAUGUUAAUAGGGGUAUGAAUGGAAGGAUUUCAGGCACUAUCAUGGGAAAUCACCUUACAUACUUAUGAUAUCUUUGGGACUGGAGUACAUUGCAAUUGUGAUAUUGAUAAUGAAAAUAUAGCUGAGCUCAGUAUAUUGACAUUUGAAAGUUCUUUUGGAAGCAAAAAGUAUUGUGUUAGUAUAAUCCCCUGCUCAUCACAGUUCCCAAAUUCUCAAAUUAAUGACCAGAUUACAAGUUUUGGCGUGGUGCACCAAGGAACUUUUGCUCCUGUGCAGCAAAAAUUAACUUCUUCAGGUGAACCAUAUACCCCUGCAUAUAUUAUGGCUACUGGCUCUGCUGAUGGAAGUUUGAAACUUUGGAGAAGCAAUGUAGGCAAACCAUCAAUCUUUCACGUGUCUUGGGAGCUUGUUUGUGUUGUUGUCACUCACCAAGGCCCCAUUACUGCAUUGUGUUUGACCGAUUGUGGACGGAAAAUUGCUACAAUUAGCAAGAACAACCAUAAACCUAAUAUCAGCAACGUUCACUUAUGGGAGCUUGCAUGCCUUGGUGCAGGGACCCUUUUGUUUGAAGAUGAACUGUCCUUUGAAAGCAAUAUCAUUGCAGUAGACUGGUUAACUUUAGGAAAUGGUCAGUUUUUACUUGGAAUUUGUUUGCAAAAUGAAUUGCGUGUGUACUCCCUGAAGCAUUUUGGUCAGACCUUGUCAGGCAUCACAAAAUCUUUGGAUACUGAGACUUGGAUCUGCAUUGGGUUUGCUCGUACUUUACCAUCUAAUUGUGGCUUCCUCUGGGGGCCGAAGAGCACAGCAAUAGUUAUACAUGAUCAUUACUUUUGUAUAGUUAGUCCUUGGCUGUUCCUUGGGGAUAAAAACCAUGAUGCUAUGUGCAGCCCUUAUUACAUUGGAGAAACUAAAAAUCACCAUGUCAAUGGGACUGAUGUCGCUGUUUUUGCUGAUGAAUGUUGCAGUAUCAGAAAAUUAUCAGAUGAUAAUUAUGACAGCAAACGUAGACCAAGAUCUCUCACAAACAUUCAUGCUGAAACCAAUAUUCUAUCGAAUAGUUCAUAUCCACGGGUUGCACAGAUGAAAAGUACAACUUCGCUUGGUCUUAUAAGCAUGCCUGAUAUAGCUGAUAAAUUAUGUGGAUCACUGUCCUCUUUUCAUCCUCAUGCUCUCCUCAUUGAUAUAUAUUCAGGUAAGUGGAAACGUGCAUAUUCAGCUUUGAGUCAUCUUAUUGAGCAUCUUUCUUCUAAUAAAAAGAGUUCUGCAAACCCAACCAAUACUAUUCCGGAGAUCCUUUUGUCAGAUUAUUUUGAAGGAGUUGCGAAAACUUCUACUGAUAAAGAAGUUCAGUGGAGUAUGAAUGGCUUAGCAUCCCAAUUUAAGGAAGGUGUUUCACCAUGGACCUUCAAUUGGGAUUCUAUUAGUAAUGACAGCUCAUUCAUUCCGUCCUCUACGAAAUCUGAAUUCAGCUCCUUUAUUGAGCCUCUUGAAAAGUUCUAUGAAUCAGCAGGGCUAACCAGCAUGGAGAAGACAGAAACUCUAGCAAUUAUAGAUCUUCUUGAUGAAAUCAGUAAUAAAUCUUCUGCAUCUGCCUACGAAAGUCUUGAUGAGCCCGGGAGAAGAUAUUGGAUUGCUUUGAGGUUUCAACAACUGCGAUUUCUUCGGUGUGAUGGUAGAUCAGCAUCUCUGGAAGAGCUGACCAUUGAUUCAAGAUUGAUUGGAUGGGCCUAUCACUCUGAUUGUCAGCAAAAUCUAUUGGAUUCGGUUAUCUCUAAAGAACCAACAUGGCAGGAAAUGAGAAGUUUGGGUGUUGGAAUUUGGUUUACUAAUACAACACAGUUGCGUGCAAGGAUGGAGAAACUGGCGAGAUCCCAAUAUCUGAAGAAAAAAGAUCCCAAGGAUUGUAUGCUUCUGUAUGUCACACUGAAUAGAAUCCAAGUUUUAGCUGGCCUUUUUAAAAUUAGCAGGGAUGAGAAGGAUAAACCCUUGGUGGGAUUUCUUUCACGCAAUUUUCAGGAGGAGAAAAAUAAGGCAGCAGCUUUGAAGAAUGCCUAUGUUUUAAUGGGGAAACAUCAACUGGAAUUGGCUGUUGCUUUUUUUUUGCUUGGUGGUGAUACUUCUUCUGCUAUCAGAGUCUGUGCGAAAAAUCUUGGGGAUGAGCAGCUUGCACUGGUAAUUAGUCGUUUAGUUGAAGGGCGUGGUGGACCUCUUCAGCAACAUCUAAUAACACAGUUCAUGCUUCCAUCUGCCAUUGAGAAGGGUGAUACCUGGCUUGCAAGCAUUCUUGAGUGGGAAUUAGGAAACUACUCUCAAUCUUUCCUGAACGUGCUUGGUUUGGAGUCAGAGUCAAAUUCUGUUACUGGGAUACCGUUUCUUUCAAGUAGACAUAUUUCUUUACAAGACCCAAGCGUUGGUUUGUAUUGUCUAUUGUUAGCAACCAAAAAUAGCAUGAAGAAAGCAGUUGGGGAGCAAUCUGCUGAGGUCCUUUGUCGGCUUGCAACCUUGAUGACGGCUACUGCUUUAAACAGAUGUGGUCUUCCUCUUGAAGCUUUGGAACAAAUGUCAACCUGUGGAAGCAUUACUGAAGUUCCAGAUGGGACUAAUGGGGUUGAUAUUCUGUGCUUUGAGACUAUAAGAAAAAUCUGUAAGCAAUCGCCCAGAGAUUCCUCCAGUUGGGUUUCUGUUGAAUUUGCAGUCCAUCUGGAGUAUCGAGCAAAAUUGGAUUUGGCAGUUCAAUACUUCUCAAAAUUGAUAAGGAAGCAUCCAAGCUGGCCAACUAUAAAUUUAGAAUCUGUUGGAUGCAUGGGUUGCUUGAAGGAAUAUGAGAUGGAUUAUGAGAAAUCUCUUGAAAGUUUUCAGCGUAAGUUAAAUGUAGGGUUUGCACAGUUUGAAAUGAAGUUCUCGUUGCUUCCUGCCUCUCUUGUUAGUAUGAUGUUGGUCUUUCUGUGUAAUGUUGGGCUACAAUUUAUUGGAUAUGACAUAUUUCAUGGAUUUGCUUCUCAAGAAUGCCCGGAUGACAAGAACCAGAAGAUUUAUACUUUCCUCUUGCAUCCUCUCGUGCACAAGUCACUACUCAAAACAGCACAAGAAAUUUUAUUUUCAGCUUCACGGUACACUAUUGCUUGCAGUUUAUCUUUUCACAAAGGUGAAACAGGGUCAAAAUGUUUCGAUACUUGGUGGUACUACCUUCAAGGUCUCUUACUAUCCUUACAGGGUUUAAGAGCUGCUUUGAGAAUUACACAUGGUUCUCUCAAAGACGAUCUUGUUUCCAAGCUCCAUGUCCUUAAGAUGCUGCAACCACUCUUGGAAAAUGCACGAUCUCCUCAUGACAUUGACGUGGAGCAUCUGAAGCUACUCCUCCCUCAGAUUGGAGAGUUGAUAGCUCAAAAUUUAUUGACCGAUGUAGAUUAUAACCAUCAGAUUUUGGAAGGCAUGCCUAAUGAACAAAGUGAUGACAUUGUGCAUUUAAUUCCAGGAGAUGAAAGAUGGCACAUUAUUGGGGCUGUUUUGUGGCAUCACAUGUCCAAAUUCAUGAAACAUAAGUUGAUUACUUUAACUAAUACAUCUAAGGAGGGUAGCUUGAGCAGUAUGAUUCUUGGGAACCUUGAUACAUGGGCUCAAAGUCUUUCAACCAUUAAAUCUGAUUGGAAAGCCAUUUCAAAGGAUGUGAUUGAAUUGGUAUCAAUGAGUCUUACUGCUCUACUGACUAUCGUCCUUGCUCAGGUUUCUUCUUAUCAACUAAAACAAUUGGUAUCAUCUCUGCAAUAUAAAUUAGAUCAGAAGCUGUACGUGGCAACUGCUGUUUGGUUUGAACAGAUUUGCCAGUCUCUAUCUAGUCAUGACAAGGGCCAUACUGAUGAGAUGUACAAUAUGGAUAUGUGUAUCAAAGGUGAAUUUGAAACAUUAUGGAACAUUACUUCCAAUCCCAAUCUAAUAUCAGACUGCUUUGCACAUGAAAAGGUUCAUAUGUUGCAUUGUUUUGAUCGUAAACUCUCUGAAAGAUGGAGUGAGAUUUACAAUGGCAUCACAAGGGCAGAGCGCAAUUGUACUCAUGAAGCUGCACAUAUUAGUAGGUCUGUCAGUGAUGCCACUGGAUCACCUGGUAAAUUACUUCGUAAUGGGAAAACUCUUGUCAGAUCUGACAAGGAAUUGGCCACCCUUGAUGAUGCCAUGCCUUUUCAGAAACCUAAAGAGAUAUGUAGGAGGAAUGGAGAGCUUUUAGAGGCUUUGUGUAUCAACUCUGUUGAUCAAAGACAAGCUGCAGUUGCCAGCAAUAAAAAGGGUAUAAUUUUUGUUAGCUGGGAAGAUGGGAUGGCCUCCAGAGAUGAAGAGGAUUAUAUCUGGUCAAACUCUGAGUGGCCUCUAAAUAAAUGGGGGGCAGCCUCUGAAUCAACACCAGCUCCAACGUGUGUAUUUCCUGGUGUUGGUCUUGGGAGCAGCAAAGGGGCACACCUUGGGUUAGGUGGUGCUACUCUGGGUGUAGGAUCAUCUGUAAGGCCUGGGAGAGAUUUGACUGGAGGUGGAGCAUUUGGUAUUUCGGGUUAUGCAGGUGUUGGUGCUUCUGGCUUAGGUUGGGAAACACAAGAGGAUUUCGAGGAAUUUGUAGACCCUCCAGCUACAGCAGAACACACAAGUACGAGGGCUUUCUCCAGUCAUCCUUCUAGACCUCUUUUCUUGGUUGGCUCUACCAAUACACAUGUAUACUUGUGGGAGUUCGGGAAGAACAGAGCUACUGCAACAUAUGGUGUCUUGCCUGCAGCAAAUGUGCCUCCACCAUACGCUCUAGCCUCAAUAUCAUCUGUGCAGUUUGACCAAUGUGGACACAGAUUUGCUACUGCUGCAUUAGAUGGGACCGUAUGCUCAUGGCAGUUGGAGGUUGGAGGAAGAAGCAAUGUCCGUCCAACCGAAUCUUCUUUAUGCUUUAAUGGCCAUGCAUCGGAUGUCACUUAUGUUACUUCCAGUGGAUCAAUAAUAGCUGUGGCUGGAUAUAGCUCCACCGCAGUUAAUGUGGUCAUAUGGGAUACACUGGCUCCACCUAAAACUUCCCAAGCAGCCAUUAUGUGUCACGAAGGUGGUGCUCGCUCUAUUUCUGUGUUUGAUAAUGAAAUAGGGACCGGUUCUGUUUCUCCCCUCAUAGUUACUGGUGGCAAAGGUGGAGACGUGGCAAUUCAUGACUUCCGAUACGUAGUCACUGGUAGGACUAAGAAACAAAAAAACUGUUCAAAAGAUGAAAGGAUUAGCGAUGCUUCGAAUUCUGACAUGCCGAGUACAGUUGGUGAACAAAACUUAAAUGGAAUGCUUUGGUACAUACCGAAGGCUCACUCUGGGAGUGUCACUAAAAUAUCUUCUAUCCCAAACACAAGUUUGUUCUUGACCGGAAGUAAAGAUGGAGACGUAAAACUUUGGGAUGCAAAAAGAGCUAAAUUAGUGCAUCAUUGGCCAAAGUUGCAUGAUAGACACACUUUUCUGCAACCAAGUUCCCGAGGUUUCGGUGAAGUAGUUCGGGCCGCUGUUACUGAUAUACAAGUUAUCUCAAGUGGAUUUCUUACCUGUGGUGGAGAUGGCUUGGUAAAGCUGGUUCAGUUUGGAUGAUCUAAUACAUAACAGGCACAAUAGUUUGGUUACUGACUGUAAAAACGUGGGAAUCUGAGAUGUGCCAAAGAUGUAUGGCACAAGAACUGUGUUGUGUGUAGGACUCGGCAUGUUUAAGAAGACAUUCGGUGCAUAAGCUUAAAUCAGUCCCAUCAUCUUCAAAGUCGAGGUCGACAUGCUGUGACCAUACGUAGUAAUAGUUACUUAUGAAGAGAAGAAGCUAGUUUUCCUCGCUGAGGGAUUACAGCAAACUUGAGUCUAUUAUCUUGUUAUGAGGUAAAGGAAAGGCUCCUUGGCUAUGAUUGUUACAAACCCAAACAUAAUAGAAGUAAACUUGAAGAUGGACUACAGGCAUCAUCCAGACAUACAUGGAGUGAACAAAGAAUUUUCUGGUUAGUGUUAUAAUCGGUGCUCUCUCUCUUUCAAUUUUUAGCUUUUAUUUUCGUUGAGGUUAAGAUUCUGCUAUAUACCAUAAUGUUGGAUGUUUGAGUAAAUUUUUUGAGAUGUGAAUAAACUUUAUUUGUCCUGGUUUCCCAGUUAUAAAGGAAAGUAAAACUGUUCUUUGGUCAUUA